AUGAUCCAGAACACGACCUGGUUUUCUCUGCGUCCUAGCUGGCCUCGUUAUCCCAGCACCGGCUGGGACCAUUGGCUGCGCCAUGGCGGCCGCCAGCAGCUCGAGCUCGCCGCGAGCGCCGAGUCCGGCGGCUCCGGCGCUGCGCGUGAGUGCGUGGCGCCUGAGGUGUCCAGGACGCACCACUUCGACCAACGAGGGACCAACGUGAAGGCG